AUGUCUGGAAAGCCUCAAAUAGCGGGCAACCAUGCGUACGAGAAAGAACGCAUCAUAGACGAAGCUGAGAAUGUGUCAUAUUUCGCAAACCUAUCCCCAGACGAUGCACAGUGGCUCGCUCACUUCCCUGAGGCACGCAAGAUUGCGGUCGUCCGAAAAGUCGACUGUCGACUUAUACCUCUUCUAACUCUAGUCUAUCUUUUCUCAUUCAUUGAUCGGGCCAACAUUGGAAAUGCCAAUAUUGAGGGCUUUUCCGAGACGCUCAAGCUCAGCAGUACACAAUUCAACAUUGCGUUGUCCAUAUUCUUUGUACCUUAUGUGCUUUUAGAGGUACCAAGUAAUUAUUUUCUCAACAAGUUCAAAAGACCAUCGCGCUACAUUGGAAGCAUAAUUGUUGCUUGGGGCACCAUGACGACAAUGCUGGGGUUAGUGAACAAUUUCGGUGCCCUCGUUGCGGUUCGCUUCUUGCUUGGUAUCGCCGAGGCCGGCUUUUUCCCCGGAGCUGUUCUCAUCAUCUCCAAGUGGUAUGUGCGAAACGAGAUACAGACCAGAAUCGCCCUCUUCUACACAGCUAGUGCCCUUGCGGGUGCGUUCUCGGGUGUCCUCGCUUUUGGAAUUGCCAAGAUGAACGGAGUUGGCAAUUUCGAAGGCUGGCGAUGGAUUUUUAUACUUGAAGGUAUUGCAACUGUGCUUGCCGGCUUUGUCACCUUCGUUUGUCUCAUCGAUUCUCCAGCCUCAUCGACCAGGUGGCUUGAUGCCGACGAAAUCAAAUUCCUUGAGCUCCGGCAGAUCGCGCAAAACGGGCACAAGACCAUCGAGACGAACAAGAAAGGCGUAGACUGGAAGGUGUUGCGCUCAGUGAUCCUCGACUGGCAGAUCUAUCUUCAGGCUCUCAUUUACUGGUCCAACACGAUCCCCAAUAAUGCGCUCAAAUUUACCAUGCCGAGAAUUAUUAAGAAUAUGGGCUACAGCUCCUCAAACGCACAACUUCUCACGGUCCCGGCCUAUUUUGCUGGCGCCAUUAGUGCAUACCUUUCUGCCAUUCUUGCAGACAAAUUCACCUGGAGGAUGCCAUUUAUUGUCGUGCCUCAACUCUUAGUUGUCUGUGCCUAUGGCAUCUUGUUUUCGUUGGCAUCCAAGGUUAAGGAAAAUAUCGCUAUUUGCUUCUUUGCCGUCAUCCUUGCUUGCAUUGGUCUGUAUCCAAUCAGCCCGGGAGGUAACGCUUGGACGGUAAACAAUCUCGGUGGCUCUACCAAGCGAGCUAUGGGAAUUGCCUAUAUGAUAUGCCUCGGUAACAUUGGCGGCAUCGUCGGAAGCUACAUAUUCAUGGAGGAUGAGAGCCCGCGGUAUCCCACGGGUUUUGGGGCCUCUCUUGGCUUUGCUGCGGCUGGUGUAGGAGCCUGCAUUGUGCUUGAACUUAUCUACAAGACGAUCAAUUCCAAGAGAGAGGCAAUGACAGAACAGGAGAUUCGGAACAAAUAUACGGAGGAAGAACUAAACGAGCUUGGUGACCGGUCUCCUCUGUUUCGCUUUACUCUAUGA